CCUGUUAAAAAAUCAAAUUCAGUGACCUCAAAAUUGGAAUCUGGACCAAAAUCCUUAAAACGUAAACAGGAUGAUACUAAAAAUAGUAGUACUAAACCCCCAAGAAAAUUUGACCCAAAUAUGGCCAUAAAAAGAAUUAAGUUACACGAUUUUAAAGAGGAUGACACUAUCAAGCUUGAAAAUAAAAACAUAUCUACUGAUCGUCAAACUAGUGGAACUAAAAAACGUAAAAAGGAUUCAUUUUUUAUGAUAGAUGGGGAAGUAUGUUCUGAUGAAGAACUGUCUAAUGAAAGCAACAUCGAGAAAGAUAGUGAUUCAAAACGUUCAAUGCUGCUAGACUCAAUGUUUGUAGAUUCAAUUGGAACACCAAAAAAGAAAGUGGCAGUCAAAAAGGAGAAACAAACUCAAAAAAGCAGAGCUUGGGUGGAUAAGCCAAGGUUUGAGAGUCAGAAGUUCAAGCAGACAAGUAAAGAGCAGUCCUCAACUGGGAAGAAAUCAGGUACAAAUACAACAACCCCUGGUCAGAACAAACCACAAAACAAACCAAAACCUCCACCAAAGGACCCUGCGGCACUUCAUCCAUCAUGGCAAGCUAAACGGAAACAGAAAGAACAGCAAAAGAUACAAAUUAAACCAACGAAUGUGAACAAGAUCACAUUUGAUGAUUAAUUU